AUGGGACUUGCUCAGAGCUGCUCAAGUCAGGACAGAGCCUGUGAAAAAAGGUGGAUUCAGACCUCACUGAGGGAGUCAGGGUUGGGGGGCUUGGGGGUUGGACCUAGGCAGUUUUCCUUCUCUCUCUCAGCUGUCACAUCACAAGAUGAUGCUGGCUCCAACCUCCCUUUCUGGUCCUCAUCAUGCAGGGAAGUUUUUCCCCCUAGAAAAAUGCAUAGAAAAAUCCCAUGCAGAUAUGACCCAUGGAAUCGUGGGCUGUCUGGGGACAAAGGAAGCCCUGGGAUGAGCCCAGGACUCUGUGUCAUUGUCUUCACCUUCUUACUGUGCUUGGCCUGCACUCAGGCUCAUGAUGGUGCUCGGUAA